CUGCGGGCGAAAAAUUCUCGAGAUUUUCCAGCAGAGGAGCCAGUGGCUGCUCUAGGUGCUUGCUCCAGAAACGUCGGGGAAGGCAAUCUGAUUUACCCAGCAGGAAAGCCCCUUCCCCGACCUCCGGUAACCAAUUAGGAAAUCUCCAGGGACGUAACCAUCGCGAGCUGCAUCAUUUUUCCUGAAGACAUUCCAUCAUUGUUCUAGAGACCUUUCCCUCAUCCCUGAACUCUUUGGAGUUGAGUUAUGUCAACAGCUGCCUUAAUUACUUUGGUUAGAAGUGGUGGGAGCCACGUGAGGAGGAGAGUGCUGCUAAGCUCCCGCCUCCUGCAGGACGACAGGCGGCUGACACCCACCUGCCACGGCUCCACUUCAGAGCCUCGGUGUUCGCGGUUUGACCCGGAUGGUAGUGGGCGUCCCGCCACCUGGGAUAAUUUCGGGAUCUGGGAUAACCGCAUCGACGAGCCCAUUCUGCUGCCGCCCAGCAUUAAGUACGGCAAGCCGAUCCCCAAAAUCAGCCUGGAAAACGUAGGCUGCGCCUCGCAUAUUGGCAAACGAAAGGAGAACGAAGACCGGUUCGACAGCGCCCAGCUAACAGACGAGGUCCUGUACUUCGCCGUGUUCGACGGGCACGGCGGGCCCGCAGCUGCGGAUUUCUGCCACACCCACAUGGAGACCUGCAUCAUGGAUUUGCUUCCUAAAGAGAAGAACUUGGAAACUGUGUUGUCCUUGGCUUUUCUAGAAAUAGAUAAAGCCUUUGCGAGGCAUGCCCACCUGUCUGCUGAUGCAACCCUUCUGACCUCUGGGACUACUGCAACAGUAGCCCUGGUGAGAGAUGGUAUUGAACUGGUUGUAGCCAGUGUUGGGGAUAGCCGGGCUAUUUUGUGUAGAAAAGGAAAACCCACGAAGCUGACCAUUGACCAUACUCCAGAAAGAAAAGAUGAAAAAGAAAGGAUCAAGAAAUGUGGUGGUUUUGUAGCUUGGAAUAGUUUGGGACAGCCUCAUGUGAAUGGCAGACUUGCAAUGACAAGGAGUCUUGGAGAUUUGGAUCUUAAAACCAGUGGUGUGAUAGCAGAACCAGAAACAAAGAGGAUUAAGCUACAUCAUGCCGAUGACAGCUUCCUGGUCCUCACCACAGAUGGAAUUAACUUCAUGGUGAAUAGUCAAGAGAUUUGUAAUUUCGUCAACCAGUGCCAUGAUCCCAACGAAGCAGCCCAUGCAGUGAUUGAACAGGCUAUACAGUAUGGUAGUGAAGAUAACAGUACUGCAGUAGUAGUGCCUUUUGGUGCCUGGGGAAAAUAUAAGAACUCUGAAAUCAACUUCUCAUUCAGCAGAAGCUUUGCCUCCAGUGGACGAUGGGCCUGAUUGCUGGCUAUGACUUUGAGUUUCUGUGGAAGUGUUUUUCACUGAGUAUGUCAAGCAACUUACUAGAUCAAACAAGUCAGCUGUGCCUGGGUUAUUCUGUGGUUCACUAGAUCAGUACACAAGUCAGUGUAAAUGUAGUAACUAUUUACAUAGUAGUUUUUCAUAAGUAUCUGCCAUAUUUAUGUUCAACUGUACAUACUCAGUAUAAAUGUGUAAUUCAGCUAUUGUGAAUCUCAGAGUUGAGUGAGCAAAUGAAAAGUGGUUUUGACACACUUGCUGAGUGUUAAAUUUCUAAUCAUGAAAACUCUUAGGCAGCUACGAGUUUCUUCUGAUCAUUUUUGUUCUUUAUUCAUUUGAACAGAUUUUUGCCUUCAAGCUAUUUAAUACUAGUAGGUAUUGUGAUGGCUCUGCAAUAUGUUAGCUGCCGGUGUUUAUUUUUAAUGGUUCUACCAAGGAGUAAGUGUGAAAACUGAGUCCUGUGUGACUAUAUUUUGUACUCUAGACCACUUAUUGGUAAAUUUCACAAAGCAAAAGACGUUAAUUCAGACACUAUGACACCGCAAAAUUGUAUGCAUAUUUACAAUAGUGCACUUUAGUAUUUCAGCUGUGGCACUUGGGCUCCAUUCCCCCCGACCCCCUUCAUUCCUCUUCUCCUGUGGCUAAGAGUGCUAUACAGAUAUAUAACUACUCCUUUAUAUCAGAAAAAUCUGUACAGGGUGAGUCUUUUGGUCAAAGCUCUACAAACUUAAAUACGACGGUAUCAAGUAUUUUGUAUAGUUUCCAUUUGUCAUCUCUGUUUUGUGUUCUGUAUAUAGUACGUUUAUGUCACUUUUUGUAUGGAGUAAGCAAGUUGGAAAAUGUGUCAGUAACAAUAAUAGCACAUUGACUGAUAAUGCUACAGACAUAGUGUGAGGUUCAUGUCUCCUUUUUGCUUAUUUCUAUGAUUCAUAACAAAGAAUAAAUCUAAAAUAUCAAAGCAUUCUAUAUUUCAGCUUGCUAAUGUAAUUUAGGAAUGUAAAACUAUUCUUUAUAUCUGCAUGUAAGUUUGCUGUUAAAAUGUGAAUCUCUACAUGCGUGUUUGGAAUUAUAUCUGCAGUUUAUUUUGGCAGACAAUGUAAAUUUGUUGUUUGUGUGGGUAUAUGUACAUCUGUAAAUUCUGGAGUAAUAGAGAAUUAAAGGGAACAAUCCUGCAUAGCUCCUCCACCAGUUAGCUUUAAAUUAUUAAUAUGUUUAUCCCCAAGGACUCUUGACAAAUGGAGGGCAGUUUUAUAGCAGAGAACCAAUGGUUAUUGGCAAGUGAGGAAAUAGAAUUAAAAUGGCUGUAGGAGAUACUUUAUGGUGGGUAAUUGAUGUGGAAAACACAGAAGCAGACUAGCGUGUUGAAGCUACAUUGCUAUAUGGUAAUUUGCAAAUAAUAGGAUGUGAGAAAAAUACUGAGUGUUAAGAAUAGCAUGGAGUUUUGUUAUAGAAACAAACAAAACAAGAAACCAAGAAGAUGAGAAGGUUGGCAGAGUGUAUAGCUCCCACUCUCAGUUCUCAUGGUUGGCUUGUUUUCUGUCUUUAUGUUUUAUUUAAGGUUUGUUACAAGGAAGACGGCCCAAAAUAUUCACACCUUCUCACCCCUUUUUGGUAAUGGAAGAAAAUAAAUCUUGAGUUUUCCUACACAUAUUAAUCAGAAUUUUCCUUUGAUAAAAAAGGUGACAAAGAAAUAUUUCUUUUUUUUUCCUUUUUUCAAGGAAGCUAAAGUAAAAAAAUAUUACAGGAAAGAAAAUAGUCUCCUGUUCAUUGUCUGGGAAGUGAGGAACCAAAGGUAGGCUAAGAAAGCUGGAAAACUUUCUUGCUCUUUCCGAAUUAGGUCCCUAGAACCUCCAUAUGGAGUAUAGAGAAUAUGGAGAAUUUCCAAACUCAUAAGAAAAUGAAAACUCUAAAGCACAAAAUGACAUUCUGAAAAUGGAGGUUUCAUUUUUGAUUUGAAUUCUUCACAUGACUAUUCCUCUCUUUAAUUUUCAAAAUUAAGGGUGGAAGUAAUGUUGUCAAGCUCAGAAGUCACUGAUGCACUGAUGCCAGGUUUAACAAAGAAUUUGUAGGAUUGGAUAGGCCUUGGUUUGGGGAGGAUUUUGCUCUGCUUCACCUGAAAAUCUUUUAAAACUCGAAAUCAGUCAAUUUUAACUAAAGCAUAAAAACAUACUGGUGUUUACUUUUUAAACAACAGUAUUGAAGUAUAAUUUGUAGGUUACCCUAAUCCACAAAAGAUGAUAAGCCUACAUGUAUUAGGCUUCUAGGUCUGUUACAAGGAAUUAUGCAGAUAGUAGUGAAAAAAAGACUGUUCUAAAUACCAUUUUCUAGUUAUAACUGUGAAUUUGCCAUGUGGCUAUUACCAUGUGGGUGUAGGUAUAGUACAGAUUAUAUUAAUGUAAUUAAACUUAAAUCCAUUAUAAUUUACAUUGCUUUUCAUUUAUAUAUAGUAUAUAAAUCAUCUUUAUCAAACGUGUCGCCAAACUGUUUGCCAACAUUCAUUUGGCAACAUAUUCUUAAAAUCAUGAUUUUUCACAAGUACAGGUUCUUAAGUAACUAAUACAUUCAAAACUAAAUGCAGUCCUGCUCUCUAUUAACUGUGUAUGUUAUAAAUUUUUGUGUUUAAGUGCUUCAAAGUCUUAUGAAAAAAAAUUAGUUUGUUUUGAAGGGAACAGUUUUGAAUCUCUGUACUCUAUGAUGUGAACUUCUCUCAAGUUCCAAAAGUAAAAGGAAAUUACAUGCCUGGAAGAAUUAUUAGCACAUAAUCUAACUAGAAAUUAUUUUUUCUUUUUUCUUUUUUUUUUAAUAGAAGUUAUUUUUUCAAAGUGGAAUUUGAUUUUUUUUUUUUUAAAAGAAUCCUGGCAGAGAAUGAUUUGGCCUGUGCUAACUCCUCAAUAUCAAGACAUUUAGUUUCCUUUCCUUCCUUUCCUU